UUCCGGGAACAUGGCGAACACCGGGGCGGCGGACGACCACUGGUGGAGUGCAAGGGGAGUGUGACGGAAGGCUGGGCAUCCCGCGUUCACGGGCCCUGACAGACGAGUCCGCCGUGGCGACAGGACAGCAGCCUCGUGUAUGAGCCUGCAUCGAGAUCAUAGACAGAAAUAGUUCCGCUCAGGCAGCUUUUACCUUCACCCACUCUGAUAAUCACUGUCUGACUUUAGCUGCUGGGGUAAGAGUCGUGCAUGUUGAUCAAGCCAUGCCCUGCCCGACCGCACCAAAUUCACGCACAAUAUCAGCCAUAUUUUAAUAAAACCUCUCGCCGUUUUGUAUCACGAGCAACACAAGCGUCAACACGCAGAUACUGUGAAGUAUUUCCUCGGUGUAGCAGCAGCUACUCGUUAGCAGCUCAGCUCUGCUCCUCUUCCGGGGCCUCAGCAGAUGCUCCAUAAUUCCUGCUUUCACAACAUGUCAUUCCCCGUAAAGUCGUUACUACAGACCAGCUUAUAAACCCACGCCGCCGUCCUGCACGUUUAUCCGUCGAAUCGACUAAAAUCGCGAACGAUAACCUUGCCAAUGCCACUGACUCCUGCGGACGAACUCAUCCUUCUGGCCCUGCACAUCCAUCCACGCGCCAUCCUCUGAGAUAAACAUGAGAGUUCACUUGAACUUCGCUGUUGGACCACCCUGUAUACCAUGCUGGGGCUGCCUGUUCGCUUCAGCCUCGUAGCCAGCAGGAGAUUCUCCUCGCCCCACCAGCCAUCUUGCCUACUGAGUCUAGGUGCUCUCGCUAGUAUGUAUACUACACGCAUGUACAGCAGUGGUGGAGGCAAGCCAGGUCGGCGCAUCGGCCUUAUUGGGGGAGGGCCACCAAUGCUGGAGAACCACCACCAUCACCAUCAUCCACUUCACCCUCAUGUCCAUCAACCUCAGAGUUACCCAGCAGUUUACCCAGCCCGUCUAGAUGCCCACCGACCCCAUUACCAGACACACCAGCACUACCACACACACCCUCCACCAGUUGCUCACCUUCCGCCUCCGCACUACCAGCCUCAUGCUCAUCUGCACCACAGCAAGAAGAAGACCUGGAACUUCAUUCAUGAGAAAAUGAGCUAUGACACCUUCUUUACUAUGAAGCGGCUGAUCGAUCGCUCACGCAGCGUGGAUGAAGUGCUCCGCUGGGUCACACAGAAUCCGGGGAAGAUCUCGCAUAAUCAUUACCCCAUUGCCCUGCAGAAGAUUGGCCAGCUGCUGGUGCUGCAUCAGGCUGGAGGUCAAGCGGGUAGUGCUGCUGGUGCUGCUGGUGGAGGAGCGGGUGAAGGAGUCCUGGCUGCAUCCUCUGCUGCUGGAGGGUCCGGGGAGAACACAGUACGACAGAUUCUGGAUAAUCAGGAUUUCCAGACGCUCUGUGAUGCCAUUGUUAAUGACUGCUCCAAGUUUGACAACUUCAGCAUCGAAUGCCUUUACGCUGUCGCUGCUCUUGGCCUGCCCAGUGACUCUCAAAUCGUGCAGGUUCUGGAGGAAGAGUCUCAGGCUCGUCUGUCCCAGUUCAACCAGAAGGACAUCUCCAUGGUUUUCAGCAGCAGCAUGAAGCUCCAUCCGUCCAGCCAGCACCCCCUGAUUGAGUCGUGUCUGGCAGGGUUGGAGAAGAACAUUGAGCGGGAGCGUCAUCCUCAAACGCUCUUCCUCCUGCUCUCCUACUACCGCACCAAAUGGAGAGCGUUGCGAGUGGCAGACGGAGCAUCACCGGAGCAGCUGGUGGUGAACCGGAAGAUCCUGCGGCUGGUAAAGCACACUCUGGCCAGUGUCAGUAGCGUCAGGGACCAUGAGAUGGCUCUGCUGGACGAAAUGCUGUCUGCCUGCGCCAGAGAGGCCAGCAACAAGAGCCUCGAGCUCAUCUUCAGCUCGCACCUGUUCUACCAGAACCGGCAGGAGAAGUUUGUGAGCAGCCUGUCAGAGGAGUUGCCUAAAAAGGUUGACAGCAUCACACCUUACACCAUGGCUCUCAUCGCCAAGUACAUUGCUCGCCAUCGUCUGAGAGAAACUCGCUUGCUUGACACUAUCGCUGACUUCCUGGUCAAGAAGGGUGAAUACCUGGAUAGCAAGGUGAUCCAGAAGCUUGUGUUCCCAUUCAGUCGUAUGAGUUAUCGGCCGGCGAAUGAGGCUCAGUUUUUCUCCAAGCUGGAGAUGGUGCUUGAGCUGAAGGCUCUGAGUUCACCGCUGGCCACCGUCAACAUCCUCAUGUCUUUGUUCCAGCUGGGGCACUUUCCGGGACUGGUUCUUCACCGGUUCUCUCCUUCCUUCAUCAGUAAUGUCAUCAACAGCCCAUACGCCCUGAUUGUGCGUCGCUAUCUUUCACUGCUGGAUGCAGCUGUAGAGCUGGAAUACAGGGACUACACUGGACCCCGCCUUCAGGACACACACAAGGUGCUCAUGUUUGACCACGCUUUAACUGCUGAUGAGGUGAACCGCAAAUAUAGUUAUAAAGGUCUGGUUGCAGAGGCGCUCCGGCAGCUGGUUGGUGAGCACGGAUACAAACAAGACGAGGUUCUUGCACCUGGAUAUUACACAGAUUUCCUGCUGUGGGUUGACAGCACAGGCCGUGUCCUCCCCAUCAGAACAGGCACACCAGCAGCAUCUGUAGCAGCCGCUUCAACACCCUGUGUAGUACUGAAUCUCAAAUCUCCAGACGGCUCCAGCUCCGUCUCAACCCUCCUACUUGACUUCCAGAAGUUUUCUCCCUUUGCUCCAUCACUGGAGGAAGAGGCCGCAAACGAGCAGGGAGAGGAGUCUGCUUUCCUUCCUGACAUGCGUCCCGCAGCCGCCUCAGGAUCUCAGAGGGGCCCUAACGGAACCGUCCCACUAGAAUACAACCCAUAUUACAGCACUUCAGAUUACUACUCCAAUCUAGCCAAGGAACACUCUCUGGAGAGCCAGGACAGCUCCACCCUCAGCAGCCCCUCGGACUGUCUUGCCCAGACAGGACCCUCUGUCCCUGGCGUUGCCCCGCAAGACUCCCUGUUUCAGUUCUCCAUUGGAAAGAUCCUGGAGGAGGGAGGUGCAGCGACAGGAGCAAACCCUGGCCCGGACUGCGAGAUCGCUACAUUUUAUGAAGGGGUUCUUACCCAGAGGGGUGGAGAGAGCGAUGGAGUGACCGCGUCUCCACUGCAGCUUCACAAUCCAGACAACCCUGAAGCUGACCACAGGACCACAGGGGAGCAGGUCAAGAGGGUUAUUAUGUCUGUGAAUGAUAAAUGGCAUUAUUGCCAUAAUUCAGAUGUGCUGGUCGGAUCCAGGGCCAUGAGAGACCGUCAUCUGCGGUUACUGGGCUACAACAUACUACAGUUGCCCUAUCUGGAGUUGGAGAAGUUGAACGGGAUCGAGGAAGUCAAGCAGUACCUACACAAAAAGCUGCUGGAGGUUCCUUUAUGACGACAUGAACGGUCGAGUGUGUGAUCGUGUGCUUCAGAGAGCAUGUGCCACUUGCAGGUUUCGUUGUUUUCAGAAAGACUGUGCUGUACGUGUGUGUCCAUGUGUGUGUGUGUGUGUGUGUGUGUGAGUCUGUAUGUGCAUUUGUACACACAGGAUGUGAACAGUCCUUGUUUUCAGGACAAAACACAAGAUGUCUGGCUGGCUGUUACUGUCAUUCUUUAAUUAUACAGAGAACUCCUCUGGGCAAAACUGUAGAGUCUAACUGUGCCUGGAUGAUUCAGCUUAUUACAACGUCAUUGAACAGACAACACUUCCCUCAGCCAAUGAUCAAGAGCCAUUUUAUUCUGACAAACAUCAAACAAAAAAAGCAGCAGCACUUCCUCAAAUGCUUUAUAUUUUGUCCAGAGUGAUUGUUUUGGUAUAUUUAGGGGUGAAAAGAGCGGGUGGUUUAUUAUUAUUAUUAUACACAUGUUCCCCAGCAGUUAAUUAUUUAGUUUUUGGUGGUGUUAACACAUCCCCCUUUCGUGUCCUCACUGUUAUUUUGGUGUGUUUAGGUGUAAGCUUUGACGGAGGCACUAAGUUGGUGUUUUAUGGGGUACGUGUAUGGAGUAAUAGUUUAUGGAUGUGGAGCUUUUCAGAUGCUGCUGCCACGGACCACUGCUGCUCUUUGUUUUAAACCUAAAAGAAUUGAGGGUUUGUGGACAAAUAUGGAUGUAAAGCUAUAUUAAAGGGACAGUUCAACCAGAAAAAAGAAAAUUGACAUCAAUAAUUGACACACAACUUUAAUGGACAUCAAAUGACAUCAUUUUCCAAACCUGUUUGAGUUUCUUUUUACUAUUGAACACAAAAGAAGAUACUUUGAAGAAUGUUGGAAAUGGUACCAUUGACUGUUGUAGUAUUUUUUUUUUACUGUGGGCGACAUUGGUUACAGGUUUCCAACAUUCUUUAAAACAUCUUCUUUUGUGUUCAACAGAAAAGAGAAUCGCAAACCAGUUUAAAACCAGUAAAAACAGUAACUUCCAGUAAAGUUACAUUUUUGGGUGAACUAUCCCUUUAAGGACUAAGUGGAAUGUUUAUUAAAGUCUUCGGAUGUGAACUAUGUGGAAAAGUUGGAAUUGAGGAUUAUUAUAUGCAGAAAUGGGUUGUGAUUAUAUAUUUAUUUUCUCAAAGUGAUUGACAGAUUUGGUGUCACGUAACGGGGAAAGCAAUGCACAAAGUGGACGGCAGGAUAGUUAAAUAAUGUUUUCAUCUCUCUUGUGUGGAGAAUGUUGCAUUUUUAGAUUGGCCUUUAGAAUAUGGAUGUUGGGAGAAAUUGUAAGCUGAAAGCUUUUUAUUGAAACACGACUGAAAUUUAGCUGCG